AUGAGAAAGGUUAUUGCAGUCGAUGACACUCAUUUACACGGUAAGUACGAGGGUGUGCUGCUAAGCGCGGUUGCACAAGAUACGAAGAACUAUACUUAUCCCAUUGACUUUUGCAUCAUUGAUAAGGAGAACUAUAUGUCUUGGAUGUUCUUCCUUGAGAAGCUGAAGUCUAUAGUGGUCGAUGGACCAGAUUUGUGCUUUAUCUCCAAUAGGCACAAAAGCAUCGCCAACGACAUUGCGAGGGAUUACAACCAUACUCAUCAUGGGUACUUCAUGAGAAACCUUGAGUUUAGUAAUAAUUUUGAGGAAUUCAAGAACUAUUGUCCCGAGACAGCCUUUUUCCUCGAGCAUAACCGUGGUUUUGAGAGGUGGAGCAGGGUACAUUUCCUCGAAAAUAGGUAUGAUGUAAUGACCACAAAUAUUGCCGAGUCGAUCAACUCUAUGUUGAUUGCCAAAAGGGAGUACCCCGUGGCAUCCAUGUUCAAUUCGAUUUCUAAGAGGUUUGGUGAGAUAUUUAGGGAGAGGCGUGCAUAUGUCCUCAACUAUAAGGAUAUCAAAUUUGUGCCUGUCGCUGAAAAGAUCGUAAAGGACAAUAUGUGCGAGGGUUACUCCUUUUAUGUGAAGAACGUAAAUGGGGACGACAAUCAAUUCACAGUGUUCGGCAGGGGUCUUACGACCAAAGUCAACCUAUUGGAAAAGUUGUGUUCUUGUAGAAAGUUUGACUUGGUCAAAAUACCAUGA